CUGAGCAGAAGAUAAAUAGAUUAUUCCCGAAAGAGAGCUUGCUCGUUUAACUUCGUCACUCCUGUCACUCUUCCGUAGCGUCUUCCAUAAGACCUGGCUGCCUCUCCUCCUUCCAGUGUCCUUAGUGCUCACCACACCGCAGUGGCCUGACACCACCCUGGAAUUUCCACCGUCUACUGGAGAACAUAGCCCCAGCUUGUGUGUGGAUAACCAUCUCUCUAAAUGUUCGACUGACAGGCACCCAGAGACCCAACUGCUGCAAAGACCAUGUCUGUUCUCACCAUCUUCAGAUAGAGUGGAGGGCUCUUCACUCAUUCAUCUGAUUACUUCUUUUUAUAACUUGAAAGCAAAACAAGUCCAUCAUGCCUUUAAAAAUGGGAGUUUUCCUUGUAAUGUUGCUGUUUGUCUUCCAAGCCACCUGGAUUAAAGAGCUGAAUUGUGAAGAUACUUUUUCUGUCCAAUCCAUCAAUUCAAGACACUUGAUAGAACUCUUAAGAACGGCCAAACAAACAUCGCAUGUAAGGACGAUAUUUGACCUGGAAAGACAUCGGACGAAAAGGUCAACGUUUUUCCACACGGGGGUGAAGGUCUGUCCUCAAGAGACAAUACGCGAGGUGAUUGCUAGCCAUCAGGCUUACUACAAACUGAGAGUUUGUCAGGAGGCAGUGUGGGAAGCUUUCCGGAUCUUCUUCGACAGGAUCCCUGGGACAUCCGAGUAUCAACAGUGGGUCGGCUUGUGUCAGCGUGAGUCCUUAUGCAUCGCUGACCUGGCCCAGAACUUCAGCAACGCCCAGGAGCACCUCAACAUGGUGUACAGGAGAGUGAGUUUGCGGGAUGAGAGACAGAGACAUCGGGGACGGGAGGUGCCUACAGUCAAACCUGUGGUGACCACAACAAAGGUUCCUGAAACAACAGUGUUGAGUUCAGGUCCAACAGAAUCUCAUGCACCAAUGGAUUCACCAACUGCGAUUUCCAGUGUUCCUACCAGUGGCAUUCCAGCAGCCACCAAGGCGGCGGAGGAGGAUACAGAGCUUCCCAACGCCUUACCUGAACAACCAUUGGAACAGGUGGUGGAGUUCAGCAUUACCAUAGUGGAUCCAGGCUACAGUGAGCUUCUGAAUGAUCCGAACACUGCCCAGUACCAUGACCUCACGCGUCACCUGCGUGACCAGAUGCAUGAUGUUUUUGACAAGCUUCCAGGAUUUAAAGACAUCCAAGUGUUGGGAAUUAGUGGGCUGCAAGAAAGUGGCAGGUCCGACGGCAUUUCUGUACGCUAUGUGCUAACCUUUGAGAUGGAUGCACAGGAAUCUAGUGAAGCUGGAAGUGACAGUGCAGAGACGGUUGAUCCAAGCUUGGCCCGGGAUGAUGGGAAAACAGAGUCCUUGCCUGAUGUCAGUCUGAAGGCAGCGGUGGCCAAAACCCUGAGCGAAGACACUUCCCUGCCAGUAGCACUUGAUUCCCUCAGCUUUGAGCCAGACAUUGAUGUUAAACAGAGAACUCAGGCACCACAUGCAGAAGGUUCAGAAGAUGGCAGUGAAACAACACCAGAACCAGACUCCCACAAUGAUUUGACAGCGAUUACAGAGGAGCCAAUCAUCAUCAUAGAAAAACCCCGCUUAGAUGUCCCACUUACUCCAGUGGAGAAGGAGAAUGCCCUUGAGACUCUUCUGGACCCCACAACUGUAUCAGAGAAAGAGGCAGAGCAGACUCAAAUGGAAACCACAGCCAAGUCAUUCACAGAUGACAGCGAAUCAGCACAGCCUUCCAUCACGGUCCUGCCCACCAUCUCUGAGGUUGCCUUUGACGACACGACAGAGGAGUCUGACCUCAUCUAUGUGAAUAAAUUUGAGCCAACAGACUCUUACCAGCUCACAACACAGGUGGUGGCUGGACCACACGAAGAAGAACUUAUUAUCACUCAUGAGCUUGAAUCCAUACAGGGGGGUACUGGUGAACUUACAAAAGAUGUUGUUCCAGCUAUUGAGCUUGAAGAAGACUCAGAGCCGCCCAAGGGUAUAAUAUCGACUGAAUUAUAUCCUAAUAUAAUUUUCAAAGAUGAUAAUGUGUCGCCAACUAGUACAGAAGCUGGUAGUCUUGAUCUAGAAGAGACCACAUCUGGUAGUACAACACAGAUUUUACUCACCACUGUAACAGUAAUUCCUCCUGUUGCAGAGGAAGUCACAUUAGGGAGUGCAGAGGAAUCAUCUGAUUUCAUAUUGCCUGUGACAACACUGUCAGCAAUUACUCUGCAGCCACCAACAGCAAUGAUUGUGGAUCAUCAUCCUGAGGAGGAAAUUGGUAACUCUAAUGUUCUUCAGCCUAUGAAAGAAACCGAGGAUCUCCAUCCUGUACUGGAAACUGACCAGCUAACAGAAGGGACAGAAGACCUACAACCUGUUGUAAAAAGUGAUGAAUUUCUGUCAGAGGAAACUAACAUCCUAAAACCUGAUGAGGAUACUGAUGAUCCUGAGUCUGAGGAGAAUCUUCCCCAUGUAGAGACCCUACAACCUGAAGUGGACCUGAGUGAACUUAAACCAGUGGAAGACAUUGAGACCCUUCAACCCAUGGAAGAUACUGACACCCGUCAACUUGAGGAGCAUACAGCUGGGUUUCUGCCCAAAGGAGAAACAGGUGAUCUUCAACUUGAAGAAGAUACAGGUAAUCUUCCCCCUCAGGAUGCUGACACCCCUCAACUGGAAGAGGACAGCAAUGACCUACAACCUGAGGAAAACCCAGGUCACAUUCAGCUUGAAGAGAAUACAGGUAACCUUCAACCAAUUGAUGCUGAUAGCCUUCUGUCUGAAGAGGAUGCAAGUGCCAUUCAUCCCGAAGAGUACACAGAUGAUCUUCAUACUGUGGAGGACAUAGAAGACCAUCUUCCUAAAAUGGACGCAGAUGUUGUUCAGUCUGUCAAGGACAAUCAGCCUUCUGAAGAUGCAAAUGAACUCCAGCCUUCUACCAUUUAUCUUGAGGACAUUGAUUUUGAAGACCUUCAGACUGAAGAAGGUACUGUUGAGUCAACAAUAGUGCUUACUGAAGGCCUUGAACCAGAGUUAGAUACUGGUGAUAGUAAACCUGAGGAGGAUGAUAGAGUUGAAGACCUAAAACCUGAGGAAGGUACUGUUGAUACACUAACCGUGUUUAUUGAAGACCUUGAAGCAGAGUUAAGCACUGGUGAUAUUCAAUCUGCGAAAGAUGAUGGUGUUGAAGACCUUAACCCUGAGGAAGGUUCUGUUGAUUCACUAACUGUGUUUUUUGAAGACCUUGAACCAGAGUUUGACACUCAUAAUAUUCAUCCUGUGGAGGAUGACGGUCUUGAGGACCUUAAGACUGAAUUAGGUACUAUUGAUCCACUAACUGGGCUUAUUGAAGACUUUGAACCAGAAUUAGACAUUAGUGACAUUCAACCUAAGGAGGACCUACAGCCUGUCGAAGACAGUGACAACAUUCAGACAGAGGACAAUGAAGACUUCAAACCAUUGCAGGAAACUAAUGAAGUGGUUGCAAAUGAAGGUAGUCAUGAAAUUCCUGCAGACUUAAUGGAACCAGAAAGUGAAAUCUCCAUGCAGCCUGAGCCUACUGUAACUAUUAUAAAAGAAAAUAUUGCAAAGGUAGCCUCACAACCAGACAUCAGCACUGCAGAGGUGGCAAUGACUGAAACUGAAGAUGUUUCGGAAGACAGCACAAGCCAAACUGAUGACUCUCCCUUUGAUGAAGAUGACAACGUUGCACCCUCAUACCAAGCCCCAGCACUACCUGCACUGGUGGCCACAUCACAAGUAGCAAGCAUCGACUCUACUACAACUUCACCCUUGGAUUCUGUGUUUAUACCAGAGGUUGUUUCCACAACCACAUCCAUUGAUUUAGGUCUCUUUGAAGUGGUUUUCACUGAAGCCCCUCUGACCACUUCCAUGCCCAUAUUAGAACCUUCCACUAGAAGCGAGACCACUGCAAAGCCCUCCACAACAGAAGCAACAGUGACAGAGUUAACCGCUCCUGCCACACAAGAAGUGACUGAUAUUCCUGUGCCCAAAGAGGUUUCAUCAGCACCCCCUGACAGUCUUGUGGUUCCUGAAGUGAUUGUUUCUGAAGAGGGUGAGGAGGACAACAUUGAAGUAAGAGUGCAAGACAUUGCAAGUGAACUAGACCGUAUGGAUGUGGUGAGCACUGAGACUUUUGACCUGUUAGGGUACGGCAGUGGUGACCCCUUCAUCAGUGAAGAGCACCGGUUUGAGACAACCGCUCCCCCUCCCCUGAAAUACCUGACCACUCCCUCCAUGACCACGGCCAACAAGGGCAAAGAGUUAGUGGUCUUCUUUAGUUUGCGAGUCACCAACAUGAUGUUCUCCGAGGACCUCUUCAACAAGAGCUCGUCAGAGUACCGAUCACUGGAGAACACCUUCCUUGAACUGCUACUCCCUUAUCUGCAGUCGAAUCUAACAGGAUUCAAGCAGCUGGAGAUUCUCAACUUCCGGAACGGGAGCGUCGUGGUGAACAGCAAGAUGAAGUUCGCCAAGUCCGUCCCCUACAACGUCACGCAAGCUGUGCACUGCAUCCUGGAGGAGUUCUGCAAUGCGGCCUACAGGCGCCUGGACAUUGAGAUUGAUAGCAGCUCUCUGGACGUGGAGCCUGCUGAUCAAGCAGAUCCUUGCAAGUUUUUGGCCUGCAACGAGUUUUCCAGCUGCGUGGCAAACAGACGGACCAAGGAGGCCCAGUGCCUGUGUGACCCCGGCUACGUCGCCGUGGACGACCUGCCCUGUCAGAGUAUCUGUAUCCUCCAGCCAGACUACUGCCUCAACGGGGGGCGGUGCGAGAUAGUACCCGGUCAUGGAGCGGCUUGCAGGUAUUCAGGUGGUUACACACUACCAGAGCUGACGGGUUAGUUACAGACAUGAUGGAUUUUCAGCACUUCAGGCCACACAAUGAGACAUGGCAAGUACCACAUGGAUACAGGACUUCCUGCUUUGACCUAAGGACAGUUUACCCAGUGGGGUCAAGUUACCUAAUGCUUUGAAAGGACCAUUUUGUAAUGGGAAGAAGAAUGGUGGCUGAGAUGCAGACACUGGCAGAAGGAGAAGAGGAACUCAAAAUGGUGUACACUUCCCCUUAAGAUCUCUUCAUUUGAACCUUGGUCAUCCCGAAUCAGAAGGAAUGCCUUUUUGUUGGCAGACUCGAUGAAAAGUUGCCAAUAACUACGAUUUAUGAGCAUUACCGGCAAGACAGAUGGGAAAACACAUUUGACAAGGGUGGGAAUGCGAACGCUGUGCUGCAAUUGACAAACACAUAUUUUCCUGUAAUGAUUGCCGAUUGCAUUUUAAUCUUUUUACUGUGGAGCUUUGGACAGAAUUACAUAUUGACGAUAAGUAGUGGUUUUCUCCACAGGCAUACCCUUGACAAAGGUUAAAUGUGUUUUUUUUCCCUCACAAUGAGGUACUUAUCCAAGAACUUACAUGCACCACAGUGUCAUGAGCAGGAAUGGUGUAUACAAUCGUAUAGAGAUGACAGUUUAAUGUUACCUCAGUGUCCUCAAAAUUACAUGACAUGAUUAUCAAAAUGUUUACUGCAGACAUUGAAUUUUGCAGUUCUUCAACAGGUGGCGCUUUUCUGUCAAUAGCUCAUGACAAAGUCAAGGUUCAGUACAUGCAUCAUUGGCCAGAAUUUGUAUAUCCCAGAAUACUGAAUAAGGUAUAUUGAUGUGAUGAAAAGCAUAAAUUGGAUGCUUUUCGUCAAAUGGACGAUCUCCUAUUUCUAUGUUUAGCAUUGUGGGUUAAAAGUGAAUGUUUUUUAAGUCGCGUUUUUUAGCUUAAAAUAGGUCAACUUUCCUCUGUUACGAUGGUGCCGCUAGUUCACGCAACAGAGAGCAGUUCCAGUGUAGGCAAACUGAAGUUAUGCAGAGCACGAUUGAAGAAUAACACCCUUGUUUAAAAUACAGAGGGCAAAAGUGCAUGAAAAA